GAGAAACUGGCAUGGUGAUUGGCGAUCCUGAACGUCAGUCAGUCGGAGGCGGGCCCAGUGGGAGAAAUGGCUGCCGUGUCUGCCGACUGCCGGUGGGUGAGCGGUCUCGGUCUCUGCAGGGGCGGUGUGGAGCCGGGUUGCAGCGUUCAGGGCAUACAGCUCCCACCAGUGAGAGGUGGAUUUCGGCUCCGCUGAGCUUGAAAGCGAACCUCAGCCUUCCGCGUCCCACACCCGGGCUCAGGUGAGGUCAGAGGCCGCCUUCCCUCCCCGGUCCACAUUUUCGGACCCUAUAGGAUACAUCAGGAUCUGGAGCCAAAGACUCCAGCUUCCAGUUCUCUUAAUGGUCCAUCUGGAACAGAAUCUAAAACCGCAGUCUAACUUCAGGCAUCAAAUUCCGUGGCACUUGAGAAAUGUAAUGUUUUCCUGACGGCAGUCUUGCAGAGGAAGCAUCCUAGCGUGGGCCUUAGAUCCCUCCCUGCUCCUCCAUGGCCCUGACAAUGAUGGACGGACAUCUUAUUGAGGACUCGAGCCCACCCACACUGCUGCACCAGGUUAGCAAGACUCCUCAGCUAGAUGCCUUCAGCUACCAAAGCUCCUUCAUGCAAGACCUCUUUGCUCAUUUCCCCGAGGUCUUAUUUAUACACCGGACCUAUAACCCAAGAGGCAAGGUGUUAUACACCUUCCUGGUAGAUGGACCGCGGGUACAGCUUGAGGGUCCUCUUGCCCGAGUGGUGUACUUUGCUAUCCCUACCAAUGAAGAUGCCAAAGGCCUGGCCCAGAUGUUCCAGGUGUUCAAAAAGUUUAACCCAGCCUGGGAACAAGUCUGCACCAUCCUGGUGGAUCCCCACUUCCUCCUGCUGCCCUCCCUGACCAUGGAGUUCCCCACCGCUGAGGUCUUGCUCUCAGCCUUCCACAUCUGUAAGUUCCUCCAGGGUAAAUUCUAUCAGCUCUCCCUCGAGCAGCCGCUACAGAGUGUGCUUCUCUCCUCCCUGCAGAGCACGAUGUGCUCGGCCACAGCAGGCAACCUGAGGAAGCUGUACACACUCCUGAGCGACUGCAUUCCCUCCACCAGGCUGCCCGAGCUCCACUCACACUGGCUGCUCAAUGACCGUAUCUGGCUGGCCCACCGCUGGAGAAGCCGAGCCCAGAGCAGCCGAUACUUCCAGAGCCUGGAGGUCACAGCCCACAUCCUCAGUCAGUUUUUUGGUACUACCCCAUUUGAGAAACAAGGCAUGGCCUCUGUGUUCCGAUACAUGCAGCAGAACCCUUCAGACAAUGCAAGCCUCAGCCUGACCGUGACUGCCGAGGACAACCCCGCUCCUGCAGACACGAGCCCUGAAAGCCCCAGCACAGAGCAGUUGGUGGAAGCCCGUAUCCAGCACUCCCUCAAUGCCAUCUGCACAGGGCCAGCCGCCCAGCUCUGCCUAGGGGAGCUUGCCGUGGUCCAGAAAUCCAUGCACCUCAUUGGCUCUGGCUCGGAAAAAGUGAACAUACAGAUUCUGGAGGAUACGCACAACGUGCAGCUCCAGUCCCCAGCCAGCUGCAGCUGCUACUUUAACCAAGCCUUCCACCUGCCCUGCCGCCACAUCCUAGCCAUGCUCAGUGCCCGCCACCAGGUGCUCCAGCCUGACAUGCUGCAGGCUCCGUGGACCUCAGGCUGUGCCACCAGUCUAGACAGCAUCCUGGGAAGCAAGUGGAGCGCCGCCCUGGAUAAACACCUGGCCGUGACUCUCCUCACGGAAGAGGUAGGCCGGCUCUUGCAGCACUGUAGCCAGGAGGAAUUCGAGCGUCGCUACAGCACCCUUCGAGAACUCGCCGACAGCUGGAUUGGCCCUUACGAGCAGGUACAGCUCUGAUCGCACAGACAUACCCAGUCCUGGACACUGAACCGAGAGCAGCACGUGUGUGAGGCAGACACCACCACUGCUCUGUCCUCACUAGGUCGCCUAGGCUGGCCUGGAGCUCAGGAUAUAGCUGAGACUGGUCUUGAACUCCUCCUGAUCCUCUGUCUCCCAAGUGCUGACCACUGCCUCUUAUUUUGAGAUGCUUCACGAGGUUGCCCAGCCUAGUCGUGAACUCACUCUGUGGAUAGGCUGGCUUUGAACUUAUGAGCCUCUUGAGUGAGCGGGAUUCCAGGCCUGUAUCACCAGGCCUGACUUUUGGUCACGUUGUGGCCCUGAAGUGUUCGUGUACAUGUGUGCCUUCAGACCCUCCCCUCUGCACACAGCUAUGCUUCCUCCGGAAGUCCUCGUUAUACUCCAGUCUUCUAUCUAGAAUGUGGCAAACAGGUGUCAGAAAAUGUUUUCUGGCUGGACGGUGGUGGCACACGCCUUUAAUCCCAGCACGCAGGAGGCAGAGGCAGACGGAUCUCCGUGAGUUCGAGGCCAGCUUGGUCUGCAGAGCAAGUUCUAGGACAGGCUCCAAAACUACAAAGAGAAACCUUGUCUCAAACAACAAAACAAACAAAAAAACAAAGAAAAAGAAGAAAGAAAAUGUUUUCUGUUAAGGGGUCAGUAGUAAACAUUUGUGGGCUUUGAUGGUCGAAUGUGGGCUUUGUUCUACAUUCUGGCUUCAGAUUUGACAACUUUUUCACAAGGUAAAAUAUAGCUCAAGAAAUUUCUGUAAACAAGGGAUUGAUUCCUUGAGAGAGAUGGGGGAUGAUGAGGUUGAAGACUCAGUGUUGGUCACUACUGCCCCGGUCAUGAGAUGGCUCACCUGAUGCCAGCUCUGGAGUCUUCCCACAAAGGAAGAGGCUGCUGCAGUGAGUCAGCCAGGCUUCCCAGUUUUUCCUGGCCCACCCUGGGAUCAAUAAAGUGAAUGUUGUAUCCCCACACUUGUCCUGUGGUCUGCUUUAUACAUGGUCUGUGAGGGGGUGA